AUGUACGAGCAGCGACGCGUUUUCUUGAGAUGUGGAGCACAGGGUAUCCACAGUGAGCCUGCAAUACUUUUACUUCGCUCACAGUCUUUCCGGAUCUCUUUGCAACUGUACGUCGUCAGAUUUGCUUGGGAUACCCACGCUUCAACUUUCCUUAUGGAUUCCAAUCAAGCACCUGCUAUGAUUGGAAUCUCUUUGGAGAGCUAUCCAGUUCCACAUGUAUCACUUGAUCUGCUGGCUAAUGGAGAUUUCUCGGCAGACCUCCAAGUUGUUCGUUGGAGAUUUCGGACCAGGAGAUACCUCGAAUAUGGCAGAGACAGCGGUUGA